CUUAUAUUUGGCAUAUAUCAGUAGUUGAAAGAAAAGUUGAGAUGAUGGACUUAACACAGAUUUUUAUACUAUUGUCUUUAAUGCCAACUCAAAUACUAUGUGUUAAGAGUUGCCAUUUUCCAGCCAUUUUUAACUUUGGUGACUCGAACUCAGAUACUGGUGGUCUUUCAGCAGCAUUUGGACAAGCACCUUAUCCCCAUGGUGAAACUUUUUUUCAUGCCCCUGCUGGUCGCUUCUCAGAUGGCCGUCUCCUCAUUGAUUUCAUUGCUGAAGGCUUAGAUUUGCCUUAUCUUAGCGCGUUCCUCGAUUCGAUUGGUUCCAACUUCAGCCAUGGAGCUAAUUUUGCCACAGCAGGAUCAACAAUUAGACCUCAAAACACAACCAUGGCUCAGAGUGGAUAUAGUCCAAUUUCACUGGAUGUACAGGGUGUUCAAUUCUCAGAUUUUCAUACAAGAUCCCAGACAAUUCGCCUAAAAGGAAAUAUCUUUGGCCAAUUGUUGCCAAAGGAGGAAGACUUUUCUCAAGCAUUAUAUACCUUCAAUAUCGGCCAAAAUGAUCUCACUGCUGGCUACAGACUUAAUAUGUCCACUGAGCAAGUAAAGGCUUAUGUUCCUGAUUUACUCUCUCAGUUAUCCAAUGUUAUAAAGAAAAUAUAUGCACAAGGUGGAAGAUCAUUUUGGAUUCACAACACUGGACCAGUAGGUUGCUUACCAUACAUUAUGGACCGCUUUUUGAUCACAGCGGCACAAAUUGAUAAGUAUGGAUGUGCUGAUCCUUUCAAUGAAGUGGCAAACUACUUCAACCUUCAGUUGAAGAAAACUGUUGUUAAGCUCAGGAAAGAACUUCCUUUAGCUGCAAUCACUUAUAUUGAUGUUUAUUCGGUGAAAUACUCACUCAUCGGUCAUGCAGAGAAGCUAGGAUUUGAGGACCCAUUUUUAGCUUGUUGUGGUCAUGGUGGGAAGUACAACUAUAACAGAUUCAUCAAAUGUGGAAGUAAGAAGGUGUUGAAUGGAAAAGAGAUCGUGAUCGCCCCAUCUUGCAAAGAUCCAUCAGUUCGGGUUAGUUGGGAUGGAACUCACUUCACUGAAGCAGCUAAUAAGUGGAUAUUUGAUCAAAUUGUUAACGGCUCGUUCUCAGAUCCUCCAGUUCCUUUGAGUUUGGCCUGUAACAGAGUUAACCAUUGAAUUUUGUACUCUUUAACAUACUGUCUUAUGUUUCCUUUCUAUUUGACCUUUAUAGAUGGAAUAAUCUCCUGUGUUUCAUGAAUGUCAUUUGACUGAAACAAAAGCUUAUUGAUUCACAA